CUUACUCUUCUUCUUUGCUUUUGCCAAGUCUGAUCAUCUCUACGUGCUUCUCGCACCCCCUUUAUUCCCCUUUCAGACAGCAGCUUUCACCUUACAUCGCCCUCCCUACUUAAACGGAGUUCAUCCAAACAGCUUAUCAUUUGACUUUCAGCAGCAAUGCUUGGUGGCGGCAGUUUCGAUCCGGGCUAUGUCAUGCGACACCCCGUCUUUCUUGUUACGUUCAUCAUCGCUGUUCCCUCAUGGAUUAUCGCUUUUGCUGGUCAAUGUGCUGCAGAAGCUAAGUAUUCAACGAGUAAUGGUCGUGCUCCUGUCGCUGGCACUCUGUGGUUCAACAUUUGGCUUCAGCUCCUGGUUAUUAUACAGCUAUUUCUGGCCAUCUCAUCGGAUGAUCUUGCUUUGCAUCGCUUCCAGCUCUCGAUUUUCUUGGCGAUUGCAACCACAUUAGCUGUAGGCGGUGUACAAUUCAUAUUCGAGACACCAGGUGCAUACAUAGCCACCGGCGUCGGAUGGCUGCUUUUGACAAUGGUCAAUCUCGUCUGGAUUGUUUAUUUGACAUCUGAAGAAGAUACAUUCCUCUACAACAUCCUCAAUUCUGGAGGUAACGGUGGACUUUCUAAUCACAAUAGGCGGAUUGGCACUACCGUUCAGCGACGAGACUCGACUCCUGGAUACGGCGGAGGGGAAAUGGGUCUCGGGAAUAGCAUAGGUGCAAUGCCGCGGGGUAUAUCGUCUAACACAGUCAACAGCGGUGGGUAUGGAGGUGGCUAUGCUCCUGCUGCCAUGGAUGGGACUCCUCAGAAAAUGACCUCUGUGCGAGAGGAAUACAAUCAUACCGGUGUCCAGAGCCCUGGAAUCGAUGAAUCCGUUCCCCGCCUACAGCGCGCUAAGGCACUGUAUGCCUAUUCUGCUUCGCCCGAUGAUCCCAAUGAGGUCUCAUUCAUGAAGGGCGAAAUACUUGAAGUAGUGGACGCCACUGGCAAAUGGUUCCAAGUUCGAACACCCGCUGGUAUUACAGGAAUUGCCCCCUCCAAUUACCUUGUCUUACUUUGAGACUAAAAUGAUGACUUGAACGAAGAUGUAUACGGCACCUAACGCAUGUUAAUAUCCAGCUUUCUACUUAAUAUCAACACAGUGCAUAAUGAUUGGAGUUACAUGAUGAUGCAAUGCAUUGAAUAUAUGUGCCA